AUGCGCUUGGAAGCCUCAAUUGAUGUUGCAAGACUUCUCUUGCAUCAUGGAUUACCUUUCCGAGGUCAUGACGAAAGUGAAUCCUCAACAAAUCAAGGCUUAUUUCUAAGCUUUUUGCGGUGGCAUGGGGACAAGCAUCCGGAUGUGGGAAAAGUAAUAUUAGAAAAUGCUCCACAAAAUGAUACUUUAACUUGUCCUAUGAUUCAAAAGGAUAUUGUCAAUGCUUGUGCAAAGGAAACAAUGAAAUCUAUAAUUGAAGACUUGAAUGAAUAUUACUUUGGUAUAUUAGCCGAUGAAUCCAAAGAUAUCUCGCACAAAGAACAAAUGGCUCUUGUUUUGCGGUAUGUUAAUAAGAAUGGUGAAGUGGUAGAACGAUUUGUUGGCCUUGUCCAUGUUAGUGAUACAUCGGCAUGCUCAUUAAAGGAAGCAAUAUAUUCUUUGCUUUCGGAUCACUCACUAAGUACAUCCAAAAUAUGUGGACAAAGUUAUGAUGGAGCUAGUAAUAUGAAGGGAGAGAUAAGUGGUCUCAAGACUUUAAUUAUGAAAGAUAGCUCAUCGGCGUAUUACAUUCAUUGCUUCGCUCAUCAAUUGCAAUUAACACUUGUAGCUAUUACUAAAAAGCAUUUGGAUGUUGAAGACUUUUUUGAUCAUGUUACUAAUAUGUUCAAUGUUGUUGGAGGAUCUUUCAAGCGCAGAGACUUGCUCCGUAUUCCCUAA